GAGAAGGCUCAAAGUCAGCAGUAUCUACGUUCUUCCGAGGAGACCGCUUUGGUACGAUUUUUACUGCAGCAGGACGCGCUCGGCCGACCGGUCCGCGUAAAGCACGUCCGCUCGAUUGCUUUCAGUCUAGCAUGCUCACGUGUUGUCGCGGAAAGACCGAGCAAGCCGCCGGGCAAGAACUGGUCGCAGUCGUUCUGCAAACGGCAUCCCGACAUCCUGAAGGCUGGCAAGAGCAGCGCGAUAGACUGGAACCGC